UACCCUCCCUCUGAUAGCAACCGCAAAGGGAAUCAUGGCCAAGGCACGUACAAAGAAACGCACUCACAAGGCGAUUCAAGUAGAUGAGAAUGUACCGCGAUCUAUGGUCAUUCAGACAAGCGCUGCCACUUCCGGCAAAGCACUCUCACAACUCGUUCGCGAUACUCGAUUAUUGAUGGCGCCGCAUACAGCAGCACGGCUCAGAGAGCGUAAGAAUAACAAGUUGCGUGACUACACAACCAUGGCGGGUCCGUUGGGCGUCACACACCUGCUGUUGUUCAGUCAAUCGACAUCGGGACCGACGUUGCGUGUUGCGCGUACACCGCGUGGUCCGACUUGUUUCUUCAGGGUUCGCGAGUAUUCGCUUGCCAAGGAUAUCAGUAAGAUUCUACGAAACCCUAAAUCACCGGGCCCAGAGUUUGCGCAUGCCCCAUUGCUUGUGAUGAACAACUUUGCAGUAGGGUCAAGUAAAGAACAUCCUGAGGAGGAACUCCUCAGAACGACCUUUGCAAAUAUGUUCCCAAACUUGAAUACAGCGACUGCCAGCUUGGCGAGUAUGAAGCGGGUUGUCUUGCUACACCGAACGAGUAAUGAGCCUGGGGCUGAUAUUGAAUUGCGACACUAUGCCAUCAACACGCGUAGUUUGGGUGCGGACAAAAAGUUGCGCAAGAUUCGUGCAGGUGAGAAGCGAGUCAAGCGUGAUAAAGUGCCUGAUCUGAGUAAGCUUGAGGAUGUCUCUGACUUCAUUCUUGGUGCGGCGAACUAUGACUCUGCCUCUGAAUCAGAGGUGGAUGAUGAUAGCAAAAUUAGCGUGCCAAGCAGAGAGGUGCGCAAAAUCAAAGUCAAGCGAGAGGAGGACGAGCCCAUUGAGCAGCGUGGUGUCAAAUUGGUGGAGCUUGGACCGCGCAUGACCUUGUCGCUAUACAAAAUCACCGCUGGUAUCAGUGGCGGACAAGUACUGCAUCAUCGUGAUAUUCAUUUGACAAAGCAGGAGAUUGAAAAGCAGAAUAAGCUACAUGAGCGACUUGCCAAGGAGAAGCAAGCGAGAAAGGCACAACAAGCUGAGAAUUUGAAACGCAAGCGGACAGAGAAGGAGGAGAGUGGCUCAAGAUCGAAGCGUGGCAAACUACGAGCGCUGGAAAAGGAGAAGAAGGAAGGCGAUGCUGAAGAAGAGGAAGACGCUGAGAGCAGUAUGAGCGAAGGAGAGCUCGAGGAAGAAGAAUUCGGACUGGAUGCUGAGAGCGAAAGCGAGGAGGAGCAAGUGGAGGAUGACUUGGACGAGUAGUUCGGCAUAGACUUUAUCAUCCAUCUGAACUUGUUCGACC